GAAUUACAAAUGGAAAUUGCUAAUUGUAGUCAUAUUUGUGAUUGCUGGUGCCGGGUGUGCUGAGAUGUAUAGUCAAUUCUGGAAGAUGACAAGUGAUGCGUUGCUUAUGGCUGAUGAAAACUGGUUCAAAGCUGCAAAAGGAGGGUUUGGAGAUGCAUUGGGUAUGUCUGUUGAUGGACAAAGCCAAGCUGCAAGUCCAUCGCAGUAUCCAAGACCGGAAAGGCGGAGACCAGCAGACAUUGAUACAGAAUUAAAAAAAGGCGUUGUAAUAGAAGAAAUGGAAGAGGAGGAUGGAGCAGAGACAGAUGUUAAAAUGGAAGAUGUUGGUGAAGAUUUGGGAGAAGAUAUUGAAUCAAAGAAAGACAAAUAGUUUGAACUGUAAAUAAUACUUCAAUGUGCAAUCAAGGUUGUGUGAAUGCUGCCCUCUUCAGGUAGCAAUCAACUGUAAAUCUACCAUUUGUUUUUAUGAUUUCAAGCACCAAUGAAGUUACUAGUCUAUUGUUCCUGAGAAAAUAAAAUUUUGUAUUCAGAUUUUACCCAAAGUAAUUAAUUACAAUAGCAAAUCAAUCAUUGCAAUUAUUUUUGUAGUGUUUUUAAAACGUGUUUUUAGUGCUGAAAGUUUCAAAUAGAUGAUUCCUUCAAUUUUGUGCCAAUAAUUUUCUUUCAAAUUAUAAACGUUCAGUAAAUAUUAUAAUUUAUUAAUGAAACUGCAAUUUUCGUAAACAUCAUUCUUGUAGAACGUUUCCCAACCUGAAUAUUCACAUUUGUGUAGACGCCAUAUUAGGAAAUUAAAUUACCAUACAAAGUACCUGAACACCUGGCUAGAACACACUGACCAAUUAGACAAAUCUUUGUCAUAAUGUGUCUCACUUUAACCUUUUGACCAGCACAAUCAACUCUCUUUACUAUUCAGAUACUAAACUUGUAUUUUUCAAAAAUUCUGAUCAAGCAACGUAAAGAACGAUGAAUUAUAGAUUGUGAUUAUUACCCGCGUGUUUUGCUGUUUUACGAAUCAGCUCAACUUGUUUUUAUGCCAUCUUAUUCUUGAAGUAUUAAAGCGAGGGGAGUCAUCACCUGCGCAUGCGUCGGAUGGUCAUAGCGUGUCAUUGCUUACAAACAAACGUCUACCCAUGAGCCUUUGCAUUUUUAGUGUGUGUUGUCAUCGUUGCCUGGGACUCAAUUCUCGCGCAGGUGACGACCCUCCCGUUUUAAAACUCUUUAUUAUUUCCUUUCAGUACAAAAUCAGGAAAAGAAAUAUAUAACGUUACAAAAUUAGCCAAAAUGCUAUUUGUAUGUAUUGGAAUUGUGGGUGUCUGGAAAAUAUUUAUCUGAAAGCAUUAAAUUUGCAUAAUUUGAUGGCAUUCAUAGACAUGACAUUUUGUAAGUUAUUGUGUCUCCCGUGAUAGUCACUGAUACCCCAUAACCAUUGUCAUAGUCAACAACUCCCCAGGACCCUUAUGAUAAGCUAUGUGACUCGCUGUGAAUACACUUCUAUAUUUCAUCAUCUGCUAAUGUCGCAUUUUCCCCAGUCAUUGCCCAUCUGAGGAGACUUUCAGGAGAGGAUGUCACUAGUACAGUUGUUAAUAAUAUUUACAUGACACUCGAUUAAGCUUUUUCUUUUAAGCAAUUUUGCAAUGAAGUAGGUCUUGUUUAAGUCUAGAAAACAAGGCCACAUGUACGUGUGUAUGCAUGCGCAUGGAUUUUUGAUAUAAAUAAACUGUAGGUCCUUCAGGUUACAACCGACAGAAAUGGAGUCAAAUAUCAAAUGAAAAACAAUUCUUUGAUAACUAUCAGUAUUUUUUUUUUUCUUAAAAUAUUACUUUGUUUAGCCAACUUGCAAAUGAUGAGAAUGAUUUACAUUUUCAGAUUUACAUAUUAAGCAAAUAGAAAUGUGCUAAAUGUUCACUUUAAUAUUAAAAUAAUGUUUUUGUGAUGUUUACCUUUUCUGUGUGUGUUGUAAAGAGACAGAAUAAUGUAUUAUUUGUCUCAGCUAAUGCUGGCAAAGUGAUAUAAUUUUUUGUAGUCAAAUGUAAAUUGUUCCCAUGCAGUUGUGUCUAAAACAAUAUUUUGUUGAGAUUUAGUCAUCUUUGUGGGUAUUUUUAAACAAAAUAAUGUUCAUAAAAUCUUAGUACCAAGAUCAGGAAGAGCAGCUUAGUCACAAAGCGAUAGAUCAUAAAACCAAAUAUCCCAUCUUGUACUUUAUUUUUAGCAACAAUAAAAAAGUCAU